AUGGCCUCACCAAGCCAGGCGGCACCUUCCACGCAACCGCUCACACCCCCAGCUGAACCCUCAUCAACCAACAAUGCCACAACCACAAACACAACGGCCGCCCCCUCACAACAACCGACACAGCCGACCAGCGCGCCUACAACAACCCCCGCCCCAGCCUCCCAACCCGCGCAAAUUCCUUCGACGUCGCUGAAAGACAGCGGCAAGUCCCGUCGCCCACGCGACGUCCGCCUCAUCCACAUGCUGCUUGCCGCCCAAGGCGUCACAGCCUACCAAGAGCGCGUGCCGCUGCAGCUCCUCGACUUUGCAUACCGCUACACAUCCGGCGUGCUACAAGAUGCGGUGCAUCUUACAACAGAAGGAUACGCGGGGACGGGAGCGGAUACUACUACAAGCAGUGGGAAUAAGGGUCCACCUGAAGUGAACUCUGUGACAUUGCCAGCAUUACGACUAAGCAUCGCGUCGCGAUUACACUAUCAGUUCCAGACGGGUCUACCAAAGGAGUUUCUCAUGGAUGUUGCAGCAGAGAGGAAUCGAGUUGCGCUGCCGGGUGCGACGAGGGGGUUUGACGCGGGUGCUGGUAAACCUGCGGCAAGUAACAGUGUGCUUAUGGCGGGAAUGAGGCUGCCGCCGGAGCGGUUUUGCCUCACGGGAACCGGGUGGAAGAUGAGCGAUGAGUGGGAGAGUGAGGGCGAGGAAGACAUUGCUGCUCCGGAGGAGAAGAAUGAUGUUAUGGCUGGUGCUGAGCGGGAAGAAGGCGAGGGUGAAGGGGAUGAAGAUGAGGAUGGGAAGAUGGAGGAUAUUUUCGGGGAAGACGCAGUUAUGGGAGACGAUGAUGGGGACAAGGAUAUGACGGAUGUUUAG